CGUCCUUCGAUGAUGAUGAAUAUCCACCGCCGUCGUCAUCAAUGAAGGAGAGGAGACACUGCUAUAAUGGCUGUCGCUUCCCUUUUCUGUAGCCCCCCAGACCGAUAACACACAACUGAAAAUGGCCUACAGUAGAGUGGGAGUCGUAACCGGCGCCAACAAGGGCAUUGGACUUGCAAUAGUUCGCCAGCUUGCACUGCAGUACCCGAAGUCGCCGCUCAACAACGGCCCUUUCCUAAUCUACCUCACGGCCCGCGACAAGAGCAGAGGCGAAGCCGCGCUCAAGGACCUACACGAGGAUUCCCAGCUGAAGCAAGCGAAAGCGUUAAAGGCAGAUGGAGGGCUGUCGGAGAUUACAUACCACCAGCUCGACAUAACGGAUCGCAAGAGCGUGGACACGUUCGCGGAGCACCUGAAGCAGGCCCACGGCGAUGGAAUUGACUUUGUCAUCAACAAUGCGGGGAUUGCGAUGAACGGAUUUGACUCCAAUGUCGUCAGGACGACGCUCGGCUGCAACUACUACAGCACUCUCGCCGCGUGCCACACCUUCCUCCCCUUAAUAAAGCCACACGGCCGCUUAGUCAAUCUCGCCAGCAUCGCCGGCAGCCUGAGCAAGUACUCCGACGAGAUUCGUAACCGAUUCCUCUCCUCGCAGACAGAGGCCGACGUGACAAGUAUCAUGAAGGACUUCGCUUCGGCUGUCGAAGCUGGCAAAGAGAAGGAAGCAGGGUUCCCAAGCGCUGGGUAUGCUGUUUCGAAAGCGGGUCUGAUUGGCGCGACCCGGGCCCUCGCGAUUGCUGAGAAAGAGAAGGGUAGCACUGUCUUGAUCAAUUCCUGCUGUCCGGGCUACGUGAAGACGGACAUGACGAAGGGAGGAGGCAUUAAAACGCCCGAUCAGGGUGCUACAACGCCUGUGAUGCUGGCUAUCCAUGAUAUCCAGGGCCAGACUGGUGUCUACUGGUGAGAUGAAAAGCACUGCAAAUGGCAGGCGAUUUGUUUUCGCCCUUUCGGCCGGAAAUAGACUGAUAGAAAUCACAUAAAUGCGCCUUCUUUGCUACGGAUGGGGAUUGCGGUUCUCAACCAGAGCUAUUAGUUAACAUAGGCAAGGCGACUUCGUGUCCAGUGUCACCCCGUAGCAUGGCGGCAUGCACUGCUGCCAGUAAGCAAACAAGCACUGCUAGGUCGUGCUUUACAAUGGCAGAUCCCUUCCCAAGAGAGAGGGAUGUGAACGUUC